UACAGGACAUCGGCCCUCCAGGACUGAGUUUGGACACCCCUGGUCUAGUGACACGUUGAUGACUUAGUGGCAUGUGAUACAGUCUAAAUUAAUAAAUCACUGCGUCUUUAAGGAUGUGGGCGGGGCUCAUCUCUGUGUGGCUGUGCGGCGACCCAGCGUCUCACUGGCAGUGUGAAAACGGAGAGAAGUGAAGCACCAGUUUCAGCAGGUGAAAACCAUGGCAGCUCCAUUCAGAUCACUUGUGGAAGAUUAUCCAAGAUACCUCAAAUCUUUUGAGCUUUUUCUGAAGCGCUCAUCAGAGCACCAGUGCAUGCAGGACUUCAUUCAUAAUAUGCUACCAGACAUACUGGCAAGCAUUGGAGGGGGGAGAUCCUUUUUCAAUGUAAUGGGAGUAGGGAGUGGAGCAGGUGAGAUUGAUCUAGAGAUGCUAGCUCAGCUACACCUGAAACAUCCACAUGCCAAAGUCAACAAUGAAGUGGUGGAACCAAGCAAUGACAUGCUGCACAAAUAUAAAGUUCAAGUGUCAACAACUCCAGAUCUUGAUUAUAUAUACUUUACAUGGAAAAAGAUGACGGCAUCUGAAUUUGAAAAACAUUGGCAAGAGAAAAACCCUGGGAAAAAGAUGGACUUCAUUCACAUGAUACAGAUGCUGUACUACAUCAAAGAUCCAGAGGCCACUGUCUCAUUUUUUCGGAGUCUUCUACACAAAGAUGGGAAACUCUUAAUCAUUCUGGUGUCAGGUGAGAGUGGAUGGGGAAAAUUAUGGACAACCUUUAGAGAACAACUCUGUAAUACUGAGAUCAGCCAGUGUGUUACUACAGGAGAUAUAAAGACCUUCCUAGAUACUGAGAGCAUCCCCUACCAGAACUAUGAGCUUCUGUCCCAGAUGGACAUCACAGAGUGCUUCACUGAGGGAGACCAGGUGGGAGAACUGCUGCUGGAUUUCCUUACCGAGGUCAUAGAGUUCAGUAAGAAUGCUCCUGAAGACCUGAAGAAAGGAGUGCUGAACUUACUGAGACAUCCUGACUGCAGCAAAGAGGUGGAUGGAAGGAUCAUAUUCAACAACAACUUGGGAGUAUUAGUGGUUGAGCCAUAGCUCCAAGACUCCUUUAUAUCUCACCUGCACACGACAGUGGUUCUUAACCUUUUUGAGUCCAAAGCCCCUCGUUGUCCACAUUCUCAAUAAUAUUGAAAGGUCCCAUGACUUUUAAAGCUGUUCAUGAUUUACUGAUAAUUAUUAAGAAUAACGAUUCUUAAUAUUUUUUCCUCGCAAUUUCUGCAUUUUAAAAGCGUUAAAAACUAUACAGAUGUGUAUUCAUCAUACAUUAAUUAACAUGACAUUUCUAGGUCUAGAAAUCACACUUUUAAA